GCUAUGGUAACUACUUUGCCAAGCCACGGAGUGAAGAUCGGGACGUCCUCAGUGCAAACUUUUAACGGAGGCAAUGCAAUGGAUCCGCACACUGAAAGCGGCACUCCAGUGUCCAGUGGCCAAACAUCAUCAUCAUCAGCUGACGCUUCGACGUCUGUCCCAGUUGUCAAUAACGGGCCCGGGGUGGCGAAAGGACAUGCAAACGCGACUGUCGCCCCAAACCCAAACACAGUGAUACAGUCUUCUUACGGGAAUCCACUGAGCGCUGCGCCAGCAGCAUCCAGUGCUGAAAGUAGUGGACCCUCAGUGACCGUUGUCAGGCCAUCUAUGCAACCUGCUGGUACCGGUUUAACUAUUAACGGGAGUAAAAAUAACACCGUUUCUGCCACUGUAGCUUGUGUAGCGACCCAGCCAGCUCCGGGAAUAACUACUGCUACUACAACUACAGCCACUCUUUUGGUGAACCAGACUACUGCGUCUGUGAGUUCAGGAGUAGCUAUCAAGUCCGAGUCCCCUAAAACUAUCAUCCAACCCGCAGAGCAGAAUAUCAGCCCCGGCGUAAUGACUCUCGGACCGCAGCUUCAGUGCCCUGGUGUGGCCAAGGGUGUUGUUUUUCAAGGAGUUGCGAGAACAGCAGCUCCGGCAACUGUUGCAGCAGUAUCCAGUCCUGCCAUCAGGACCAUUACGCCACAGGUGUUAGCUCCCCGACUCCCCCAGAGCAGCCCUGGACAGAACAUUCAAAACAUCCAGUUACCUCCAGGUAUGGUAUUGGUGCGUAGUGACAGUGGGCAGUUGUUGAUGAUCCCACAGCAGAUGUUGGCACAGAUGCAGGCCCAAUCACAAGCUGCUCGCCCUGCUGCCCCCACUAGCACCACCCCUGGGCAAAUCACCACUGCACAGGCACCUGGAACUCCACUAAUGACCCGACAGGUGACCCCUACCACCGUCAUAAAGCAGGGCUCUCCGACACCUAGCAGCACAGCUACCACCACACUCCAGAGACCACCUGUGCAGGCCUCAUCUUUGGGUGCAGUGUUGUCAGUGCAGGCAGCAACCACCCAGAGGACUGUUACUGCUGCCACGGGGACCACCAUCUCCUCGGCAACGGAGACGAUGGAGAAUGUAAAGAAAUGUAGGAACUUCCUGUCCACGCUGAUAAAGCUGGCCACUAGUGGUAAGCAGUCAUCUGAGACUGUCGCCAAUGUUAAAGAGCUGGUCAAGAACUUGCUGGAAGGGACAAUUGAAGCAGAGGAGUUCACCAGCAGGCUCUACAAGGAGCUCAACUCAUCUCCUCAACCUUAUCUAGUGCCUUUCCUUAAGAGGAGUCUUCCAGCUCUGCGACAGCUCACUCCUGACUCCACGGCCUUCAUCCAGCAGAGCCAGACCCUUCAGGCACCCGCUGUAGUUCUGACCAGUACCAACACUGCUGCUGCUACUGCCACAGCCACCCGCACUCUCAUCCAGCCUGCACUCAGCAACUCCAGCCAGACUGCCUCUCUGGUGUUGCAGCCCUCACAGCAGGGGGCAAUAAGAAAGCCCCCUCAGGUUACCCUGACAACAACUCCCAUGGUAACACUCAGGGGUCAACCGCCUGGGCACAUAGUUAUGGGCCAGCCUCAGGUGCAGCUCAAACAGAUCCAUACAGUGGCAGUGAAACAGGGUGUGGUGAGUAGCACUAGAUUGGCACCUAGCUCUGUGUCUGUAGCUUUGGCUCAGAAGAGUAAAGCGAAGGAUGCUGUGGGAGGAACUUUCAGGGAUGAUGACGACAUUAAUGAUGUGGCCUCAAUGGCAGGCGUUAAUCUUUCGGAGGAGAGCGCUCGUAUCCUGGCCACCAACUCCGAGCUGGUUGGUGCAGUCAUGCGGUCUUGUAAGGAUGAAGCUUUCCUCUCCGCCAGCAUGCUACAGCACAAGAUACUAGAGAUAGGCCAAAGGUUUGGAGUGACAGAGCUGGGUCCUGAGGUGGUCAACAUCGUCUCUCAUGCCACACAACAGAGAUUGCAGAACCUUCUAGAGAAGGUCUCAUUGAUCGCUCAGCAAAAGAACAUGACGUACAAGGAGGAUAGUCGGUAUGAGCAAGUGGAUGACGUUCGCUCUCAGCUGAAGUUCUUAGAGCAGCUCGACCAGUUGGAGAAACAGAAGAAAGAGGAACAGGAAAGAGAAAUUUUAAUGAAGGCUGCUAAGUCACGCUCACGACAAGAGGACCCUGAACAGCUGCGGCUGAAACAGAAGGCCAAAGAGAUGCAGCAGCAGGAAUUGGCUCAGAUUAGACAGAGAGAUGCCAACUUGACGGCACUGGCGGCUAUUGGACCCAGAAAGAAAAGAAAACUGGAUUCUCCUUCACUUGGGACUGACGCAGAGGGCCCAGGUUUGUCAGCGAGUGCAUCCGGGGGCUUAAAUGCAGGAGCGUCGAGACAGUACACUCGCCAGCGCAUCACACGUGUAAACCUCAGGGAUCUGCUCUUCUGUCUAGAGAACGAGAGUAGCACCAGCCACUCACAACUGCUCUACCAAGCUCUUCUAAAAUAGCAGAUAGCCUCUUUCUUUCCUUCAUUUCAGUCUUUAGGGCUCUCUCUUUCUCUGUCUGUUACUGUUAUUAUCAUUCUCUUUGCCAUUCCCUUUUCAUCUUUCUUUAUCAGUCUUUUACACUUUGCCACUGUCUCACAAACACUUACAGUGAUGCAUUCUUUCUCGAGCUGAUGGUGCAUUUCUCUUUUACUUUUUGUUUUCUUUUAUCUCUUUUUGUUUGCCUUGUUUUUAGCUUCCUGUUUCCCUUUCCCAUUUUCCCUUUUGGAUUUCACUCUUAAAAUCAUGUUUAAAAGAAAAUUUGCAAUUAUAUAUAUAUAUAUAUUAUGUUUUUCAUAGAAAGUGGCUUUGUAUUGUGCAAAUGACCUAUGUAAAGAAAAAAUAAUUCACAGUGGAACAACCCAUUCAUUUUAUAUUUGUGUUUUUAUAAAGAUGUUUUAAGAAAUUAAAGUGGACAGAAUUUCUAUGAAAAUAACUUGUGUGGUGUAGAAUUACAAAUGGAAAAAGCAAUGAUAUACGAAAUACUGGUUAGGAGUAGCUGUGGGAUGUCCUACUCAUUGCGAAUCUAUUCGUUUUAACUAUUCAAUUAAAAAAAUGAAUUAAAAAUGCAAAUUUUGUUUAAGA